AUGACGCAGGCCAGCUACAACGGUUUAACUGCACCGCCAGUACUCAGUCCGUGCCAGACACGUAUGAUUGGGCCUGAUGGGAACCAGCUCACGAUACAGGGUGAGUUCCACACUUGUGCUGUGUUCCGUGAUGUACAGUACCCAGUCACUAUCCUGGUCAUUGCCACCGGUGGUGUCAACUUGUUGAGCAGGCAGACAUCUGAACAGAUGGGCCUAGUACAACGUCUUCAUGUUGGCUCUUCAGAUGCCCAGCCGAAAAUCGGAUGCAUGCUAGGCAAGCCAGUCGAGAUUGAGUUGAAGCCAGACUGCAAACCAUACAACUGUGUAAAUGCUCGACGCAUUCCAAUACACAUUCGCCUCAAGGUUCGCACCGAGCUGGAGCGUAUGGAAAAAGCAGGUGUCAUCACAAAAGUCGAGCGGCCGACUGACUGGUGUUCACCCCUCGUGUCGGUCCUCAAGCCGAACGGCAACGUGCGUGUAUGCGUAGACCUCAAGCGCCUGAAUGCCAGCGUCAAGAGAGAGCACUACCCGUUACCGACCGUGGACGACACGCUCGCACAACUCAACGGUUCUACCAUAUUCUCUACGCUGGACACCACGUCUGGCUUCUGGCAGAUCCCACUCUCCGAGGAAGCGUCGUUGCUGACGACGUUUAUCACUCCCUAUGGCCGCUUCAAGUUCGAGCGCCUUCCCUUCGGCAUAACGAGCGCGCCUGAGAUAUUCCAGCGCCGGCUACAAGGUCUACUCAGCGAUAUUCCCAACGUAGCAGUGUUCAUAGACGACAUCAUCGUCUAUGCUUCAUCGAUGGCUGAGCAUGAUGCUGCUCUGCUCGCCGUCGAGAACCGACUCCGCGAUGCCGGUCUGACACUGAAUCCGAACAGGUCUAAGUUCAGAUGCACGUCCCUAAAGUACCUGGGCCAUCGGAUCAGCGACAAGGGUGUCCACCCUGACCCAGCUAAGCUGGAUGCCAUUGAGCGCCUCGCAGCACCAGCUGAUGUGGAAGAGCUCCGUCGUGCACUCGGACUCUUCACGUACCUCUCCAAGUUUCUGCCGUCAUUGUCGACCGUAGCCGCCCCACUGCGCGAGCUACUCCGGUGCGACGCGACGUGGCAAUGGACCAAAGCACAUGAGCUAGCUUUCACAGAGCUCAAAUGCCUAGCUGCCUCAGCCCCGUGUCUCGCGUACUACGACCCGUCUGCACCGACCAUCGUCACGGCUGAUGCGAGCAGCUAUGGAUUGGGUGCUGCACUGCUACAGUUCCACGACAAUGAGUGGAAACCGGUCGCGUACGCCUCAAGCACCAUGACAGCAGCAGAGAAACGGUAUGCCCAGAUCGAGAAAGAGCUCCUCGCCUCGGUCUGGGGAUGUGAACACUUCCAUCAAUACCUCUACGGAGCGCCCCGAUUUACCAUUCAGACGGACCACAAGCCGCUGGUCCCACUAAUGAACACGCGUGACCUCGACCGAGUACCUCUACGCUGCCAACGUCUACUGAUCAGACUCAUGCGCUACGAUGUACAGGCGGAGUACGUGCCUGGCAAGAACAUGGUUCUCGCCGACACGCUGUCCAGAGCUCCUCUUCCUGACACGCCAGCAACCGAAUCCGACCUACACAGUGACUCGGAAGCCACCAUCGCCGCUGUCCUGUCGUCUCUAUGCAGUCCUACCAAGCAACACGCUCUCGUUACAGCCACUGCUGACGAUCCAGUCCUGCAACAAGUAAUCCAGCAUACCCUCCAUGGCUGGCCGACCAAGGUCAACGCCGACCUGGAAGCCUACCGCAACAAACGUGGCUCGCUCUCAGUUCACGACGGUCUGCUGUACCACGGAUUUCGGAUCGUAGUCCCGGCAUCCGAGCGCAAAGCUACACUUGCCACUUUGCAUGACGGCCACCAAGGCAUAACCAAGUGCCUGGCCCGUGCGAAAUCCUCCGUCUGGUGGCCAGGUAUCACACGUGCCAUUUCAGAAUGCGUGCAGAACUGCCUGACCUGCACCAAGCAUCGUUUUCAGCCGCCAGAGCCUCUGUCUCCAACUGUGUUUCCCUCUUUGCCAUGGGAGAGAAUAGGAGUCGACCUCUGCCAACAUGACGGUCAGGAGUACCUCAUUGCUGUCGACUACUUCUCCAGGUACAUUCACGCCAUCCCGCUACGGAAGACUACCUCUGGAGCCGUCAUCAAGGAACUCCACGAGCUGUUCGCCAUCCAUGGCAUCCCUCAAGCCCUUGUGUCGGACAACGGUCCACAGUUCGCAAGUGCUGAAUUCGCCGCAUUCACAGCCCAAAUGCAGCUCACCCACCGCACCAGUAGCCCGCACUACCCACAGAGCAACGGUGAAGCUGAGCGAGCGGUUCGAACAUUCAAGCGUCUCCUGAAGACCAACAACAGCCUCAACGAUGCCCUACUCAGUUACAGGUCAACACCCCUCGCAAAUGGCUACUCGCCAGCCGAGCUCCUGUUUGGUUGUCGUCUACGCACACACCUCCCAUGUACAGCGGAAUCCCUCGCUCCAAGUUGGCCUGAUAUUUCCAAGCUAAGGAAGUUCGAGGUGAGGCAGAAAGACCGACAGAGUGAGACGUACGACUCGUCACACCGAGCACAAUCUCUGCCACCAUUGACCCAAGGCGACCGAGUCUGGGUGCAAGAUCUCGCUUCCGAAGCCGUGAUUGCAGACCGCGUCUCCGACAGAUCCUAUAUUGUCACGACCGACAACCUGUCCGAGUACCGCCGCAACCGUCGCCACGUCAAGUUGCUACCUGAUGUGCAACCAACACCAACACCGCAGUUGAAUGUCACUACACCUGCAGAACCUCCAUCCGCUGAUGUCGAGUUCCAGCCUACCUUGCGCCGAUCAGCACGUCCAUCCCGGCCGCUGAACAGACUCGACCUGUAA